AUGUCUGGCAAAACAAUAAAACAGCCUCCGCACGAGCGGCGGCGCGGCGAGGCCGCCCUCAGCGAGUUUGCCGAGUACGUGGAGCAGCAGCAGUCCCUCCGCUACCCGUCGUCUGUGACGGCGUCGACGGUGACGACGACGACAGGCUCGACGACCGAGCCCAGCAUCGCCGAGACGGACGACACGGAGUACCACGCCGAGCUCGACGACUUUCUCGACGCCCUCAACCUCUCCGAGACGACGGCGCCACGUCUCCGGCUGCGCGACCUGCUGCUGUGCGCGCCCGACGACAAGGCCUCGCUGUCACGGCUGGCCGAGGUGCUGAGGGCUCGCAUCGUGACGGAGCACGGCGAGUUCGUCUUUGAGCUCGGUUUCGAGGACGGUGGCGGCGGCAGCUUGCGUCUGACCAGGGCAGAGUGGGACACGGCGUUGGACAGGUUGCAGGCCACGGCUAGGUUGGUGAGCGCCGAGUGCCAGCUCCUGCUGACCAAGGGCGUCGGCGGGCCGUUGGAGGCCGAGUCCAGCACCGGCAAGGAGAAGGAGUGCACCGGUAAAGUCUUGAUCCGGCAGGCGCCGGCGACGGUGGAGCAGGUCAUUGAGACGAGGAUAGCAGUUGUUGGCAAUGUCGACGCUGGUAAAAGUUCCAUGCUGGGCGUGCUGGUAAAAGGCGACCUGGACGAUGGCAGGGGAAGGGCAAGGGUCAAUCUCUUCCGCCACAAGCACGAGAUCGAGACGGGACGGACUUCGUCUGUCGGCAUGGAUAUUAUGGGCUUUGACACUACAGGAAAUGUCAUUACUAGUGACACGCCUGGUCGCAAGCUAUCGUGGGAAGAAAUCGGCCGACGAAGUGCCAAAGUAAUCACUUUUACAGACCUUGCUGGUCAUGAGCGUUAUCUGAGGACGACAGUGUUUGGAAUGCUGUCCAGCUCGCCAAAUUACUGCCUCUUGAUGGUUGCAGCAAAUAAUGGCUUGAUCGGCAUGAGUAAAGAGCACCUGGGAAUUGCGCUUGCGCUGAAUGUCCCGGUGCUCGUGGUUGUUACCAAAAUCGACAUUUGCCCACCGAAUAUUCUGGAGCAAACCAUCACGCAGAUCACCCGGAUUCUCAAAAGCCCAGGAGCACAGAAAGUGCCCGUUUUCAUCAAGAACCGUGAAGAGUGCGUCAGCACAGCGACACAGCUGGUGAGCAAAAGGAUAUGCCCAAUAUUCCAAGUAUCCAAUGUCACGGGAGAGAACCUGGACCUGGUCCGGAUGUUCCUCAACAUCCUGCCUCACUACGGACGAUACGACCAAGGGGCACGGUUCGAGUUCCACGUCAACGACACGUUUUCGGUACCGUUUGUCGGAACAGUGGUCAGCGGCAUAGUGAAAUCCGGAAUUGUGCACGCGGGUGAUUCGGUUCUCGUCGGGCCGGAUUCCCUUGGCAAUUUCACACCUACCAGCAUCAGGUCCAUCGAGAGGAAACGAAUCGGCGUGCCGGCGGCCUCUGCUGGGCAGUCGGCGUCAUUUGCGCUCAAAAAAGUAAAGCGCAAAGACGUCCGUAAAGGCAUGGUCGUUCUCCCGAAAAUUGAGGGUGAAGCGCCGCCCAAGGUGUAUCGCGAGUUUGUCGCCGAAGUCUUGAUCCUGUCUCACGCGACAACCAUCAAGACGAAAUAUCAGGCCAUGCUACAUGUGGGUCCUGUCUCGCAAACGUGCGCCAUAAUAGACGUCGACCGGCCGUUCAUACGAACUGGUGACCGCGCCCAGGUGGCAUUCCGGUUCGUGCAGCGACCCGAGUACCUCGCCCCCGGGGACAGGCUGUUGUUCCGUGAGGGCAGGACCAAAGGUCUGGGUAUUGUCAAAAGCGUCGGGUAUGAUCCCAAGCACCCAUUAGGGGGUCGCCCUGCAGACGAGGACGUGGCGGCCCCCGGGCAUGAGGGUGGUGCUGUCACUUCAACGGCGGAAGAGGGCUCCCGUGAGCAGAGCACCACCGCCUAA